AAAAACACACCAAAAAGAAAACAAAGUCUUGAUUCUACUAACCCUCUUACUAUGGGAUAGAGGUUUAAGGUGGAAUCUAAAACCAGAAAGAAACUACAACUCUGCUUUGACAAUCAUAAUUAUGAACAACUUGGCAACAUGGCAACAACUCACAUCUUAAUGAAAUGUGUAAACUACAAAUAAUAUCUGCUCUGAGUUCUUCAAAAUUGUGCAAUGUCACUCCAAUCUGUAAAGCAGUGGUGUCCAAAUUCAGUCCCUAGGAGCUGGUAUCUUGCAUGUUUUAGUUAUUUUCCCUGGGGGUACAUACACAUUUUUCAGCGUAUCAAAGUUCUACACAUGCCUUUGACCCAGGUGUUAUUAGAGAGAUAACUGAAACAUCCAGGAUGCCUGUUCCUAAAGAUGAACUUUGAACCUUGUGAGAAACAUAGUGUGGACAAUUGUAUUUCCAGAAAGAAAAACAGUAAAAGCAGAUUACAAAGCUAAACUGAGCCACUAGGAACAAGUAACAACUAGCCUCUUGUGGAGUAGAAAGUACAAUAUGACUUUGAAACAUAGUGGAGAGAAAGGUAUAAAUGUAAAAAUCAUUUUCUUUCUCUGAACUUGUUUUCCAGUAGGAAAAUCUAAGCUAAUGCUACAAUAUUAUUAUUAUUAUUUUUUUUUUUUUUCCAUUUAAACUACUUUCAGUAUCGUUUUGUUUUGUUUUGAAUGUGCGAACUUUCUUAGCUCAAAGAUAAUAAUUUAACUGUUCUAUAAAGUAUAUUAAUUGUUGUUAGUGCCUUUCUACAUAUUGUAUUUUUGUGUAUCAUACGCCAUCUCUGGUCUAACGACGGGACCUGAACGCAGCACUUCACACUUGAACGGCUCCCAGCUCCACCCACCACAAUGUGACAGAUGGAGCCUUGAACGCAGCACACCACACUUGAAAAGCUCCAAGCUCCGCCCACCUCAAUGUGACAGAUGGAGGCGUAGAAAUGGUGUUCAGUCAAUGAUUAGAAGUUAACACUGAGCAGUAGUAACUCGAGCUUAAGAGCAAAGAUGCGGGUGGCAGUGGUUGGAGCUGGAGUCAUUGGUCUGUCAACAGCUCAGAGCAUCUAUGAACAGUACCACUCCACUGUUAGCCCACUGAUCAUUGAAGUCUAUGCAGACUGCUUUACCCCUCUGACCACCAGUGAUGGAGCUGCUGGCUUCUGGCAGCCUUACCUCUAUGAUAAGGGCAACGUCCAGGAGACAAAAUGGAAUAAGGAAACGUUUGACUAUCUGCUAAAUUGGCUCAGCUCACCUGAGGCUGUAAAAAUGGGUAUAUUCCUCCAAUCAGGCUACAACCUCUGCACUGAACCUCUUCCAGAACCCUCGUUUAAGGACAUCGUCCUGGGCUUUAGACAGCUCACAGAGCGAGAGCUGCGAAUGUUUCCUGGAUACAAGUAUGGCUGGUUCAACACAGCUCUCAUGGUGGAAGGUAAAACGUACUUACCAUGGCUGACCAACUGGUUAAAAGAAAGGGGUGUUCAAUUCUAUCACAGAAAAAUAAAGUCCUUUGAAGAGCUUUCUGAUCUUGGGGCGGAUGUUAUAGUAAACUGCACAGGGGUGAGAUCUGGGGAGCUGCAGCCAGACCCAGACCUUAGACCAGGACGUGGCCAGAUAGUUAAGGUGGAUGCCCCAUGGCUGAAGCACUGGAUCAUCACCCACAGUACUAAAACUGGAGUGUACAAUUCACCAUAUAUCAUCCCAGGGAGCCGUCUUGUGACUGUAGGAGGAGUUUUCCAGCUGGGAAACUGGAGUGAGCAGAACAACUCCACCGACCAUAAGAACAUCUGGGAAAAUGCAUGUCAGCUUGAGCCGAGUCUCAAGCAUGCCAGGAUUGUAGAGGCCUGGGCCGGCCUCAGACCUGUUCGCAGCAAAGUUCGACUGGAACGUGAGACUAUUCAGUCUGGUGCUUCCCCAAUCGAGGUGAUACACAACUACGGCCAUGGUGGUUUUGGGCUUACCAUUCACAGAGGCUGUGCUGAAGAGGCAGCAAGGCUGUUUGGCCAGAUCGUGGAACAGAAGGGCAAACGUCCAAAAGCUCGGCUGUAGUGUUGAGCUCAGCAGCAGCAGCAGCAAUCACAAUUUUUUACACCAGCACUCCUGGUGCUUUCAACAAACCUAACAUGUCUUUUUUCUUUGUCUGAGCACUACUGACACCAAUGUAACCCAAGAUGCCUUAGAUUAAUAUUAAGUUUGAAUGAUUUACCUGAGCAAUGAAAAUAUGUCAAUGAUUUAUGUCUAUGUAAAUUUAGUUUGUAGUAAAUGCAUUGUUUCUAACUGAUGAUGUAGCUUUAUUCAUUUUUAUAAAUAAUAAAAAAACAU